UAGCCACUCCCCUCUCGCGCCGACAAACUCGCCCCCGCCGUGCCGCCGUCGCGGUCGCCUCCUCCUCUUCCCCAACUCCGAUCAGGCCCAGGCCGACGACGCGCGGGCGGCGGGGUACAGUGGAGGACUCUCCUGCGAGGGCACAUCAGUCUUCUCCCCACUUACCUCGGAGAGGGAGGUCACCGGAGGCGGCGACCUCGUCUCCGACGGCGCGGCCAUCAGGAAACGGCGACCUCGAGCCAGCGAAGGCGACCAGGUCUUCCAGCGGAUAGACCCCACAAUUCGAAAACCUAGGGGAGCACCGCGGCGUCUGAGAUUGUGUUGACAAGCUAGUGCAUGUUGCGUUUGUAAUACUAGCAUACACCAACCAAGCCAGUGCGUGUACCUUGGAAUUGUGUUGGCGAUGGAUGGCAGUAGCUCCAGCAAGAGAAAAGCUGAAGCGCAGGGAGAGGGAGAGAGCAGCGGCAAAAGGCUGAAUGUCACCAUGGGGAUGGAGCACCUUGACUGCUCCCUCUGCUUGAAGCCCCUCAGGCCUCCAAUACUCCAGUGCUCCGUGGGGCAUUUCAUAUGCUCGUAUUGUUGUACGUCUCAACUGGACAGCAAGUGCCAUUUAUGCUCUAAAGAGACAACAUUCGAGCGCUGCUUUGGGAUGGAACAUGUUGUCGAGUCAGUCACAGUAGCUUGCUCCAAUGAGAUGUACGGAUGUGCCGAGGCAGUCACCUACUACAAGAAAGAAGAACACACGGAGGCAUGCUCAUACGCCCCAUGCUUCUGCCCAGAGCCUGGUUGUGGCUUCGCUGGAACAACAAAGGUGCUCCUGGAACAUUUCACGACCCAGCACAAGUGUCCAUUGACAACGCUCCCAGACUCUGGCACAGUGUCUCUCUGCUUGCAGCCGGGCUUACAUGUUUUGCAAUGCACCAGGAACAGCUACUUUUUCUUGCUCAGCAUGGCGUCAGAGCCUUUUGGACAUGCCAUCUCAGUCGUCUGUGUCGAACCAAACAGGAGGAAAUCGAAGUUCACAUGUAAUCUGAGUUAUGACUGCAUAACAACUGGCUGCUGUGGAAGUACAAACUGCCACAUAAGGAGCUCUUCACUCUCUGAUGGGCUUCCGACAGUGUAUGACUUAAUACUUCCCAAGGGAAAGGUUUCUGACGAUGCAAACAGUAUCAUGCUUAGAGCCACCAUUAAUCAUCAAACUAUAAGUCACAGCAGAUCUUGUUUUCGAGGGAAGGGCCUGACUUCUGCACUUCAACAAAGGCCUGAUACUUGUGAUGAUGAUGAUGAUGAUGAUGAUGAUGCGGAUUAUAUACCUAAAAGUCGUAGAAGAUCUCACCCUGCUAAGGAGGAGGAGGUGGUGGAGGAGGAUGAGAAUGAUGAGGACAAUGAGGAGGAGGAGGAGGAGGAGGAGGAGGAUGAAAGACCUUUAAGUCUCAGAAGAUCCCACCUUGCUGAGGAGGAGGAUGAAAGACCUUUACUUCUCAGAAGAUCCCACCCUGCUGUUCAACGAAGGCCCAAUACUUAUGAUGAUGAUGGGCAGGUGGAGGAGGACGAGGAGGAUGCUAGACCUGUAAGUGUCAGCAGACCCCGUCUUCGAGGAACGGCUCCGGCUCGUGGUGUUCAACAAAGGCACUAUUCUGAUACCGAUGAUGAUGAUUAUUUUCCAAUAGCUUUCAGGAGACGCCAUGUCCAAGGAACGCCUUCAGCUCCUGCAGUUCAAGAAAGGCACUAUUUUGACACCAGUGAUGAGGAUGAUUUACCUAUAGCUUUCAGACCCUUUAUUCGAGGAACGGCUUAGAUUCCUGCAGUUUAAAGAAGGGGCGUAUUCUGGUACUGAUGGUGAGGAUGAGAGGCCUUUAUGUUCCGGACUUCCCGUACGCUAAAGGUUUUCCGUGCACUUGCUGUUCUUCUGCCUGGCUUGCACCGUUCUGGUUCCAGGAUAUAUAUGUGAAGUCUCUAUUUCUGGCCUCAAGUAUCGCCUCGCCGUUGUUAAGCAUUGCUGCAGCU